UUUUGAUUUGACUGUUUGACAGAUGGCAUAAAAAAUAAAAAUUAAAAAUAAAUAAACGUGAAAACUGAAAAGUGAAGCUCUAUUUUUAAUUUUAAUUGCUUGCGUAUAAACGAAGAUGGGUGAACGUAAAGGUCAGAACCAUUACUACCCCCCAGACUACGACCCUAAAGUCGGGGGGUUGAACAAAUUCAUGGGCACGCAUGCUCUACGAGAACGAGCUAGGAAACUACACAUGGGGAUCCUUAUUAUAAGAUUUGAGAUGCCGUACAAUAUAUGGUGUGACGGCUGUAACAAUCACAUUGGUAUGGGUGUAAGAUACAAUGCAGAGAAAACUAAAAUCGGCAUGUAUUAUAGUACUCCGGUAUAUCAGUUCAGAAUGAAGUGUCACUUGUGUGAUAAUCAUUUUGAAAUAAAGACUGAUCCAGGUAAUUUAGACUAUGUGAUAGUAUCUGGUGCAAGGCGACAGGAGAACAGAUGGGACCCCACAGAGAACGGUCAGAUUGUGCCUGAGACCAAGGAAACUCAGAUGAAAUUGUUUGAUGAUGCUAUGUUUAGAUUGGAACACAAGACAGGCGAUGAAGAAGCUAGCAAACUUGAUAAGCCCAGGCUCGGCAAACUUGUGGGACGAAAUGAGAAUGUGUGGAAAGAUGAUUAUGAAGCUAACUGCGCCUUGAGGAGGAACUUCAGAAAACGCAGAAAAGAACUAGAAGAAUCUGCGAUCAACGACGGCUUGCUACUCGCUAGAUCUUCUCUCGAUAUAAAUCUUUUACCAGAAAACGAAGACGAUAGGAACAUGGCGGCCCUCCUCGCGCUUAGACCUUCUAGAAGUAUAGAAGAGAAACAGACUGUGACAAGGCAUAAAAUCUUAAACGCGCCAGCCCUGCCGAGUUCUAGUGGCCUUCUUACGAGCUUUGGAGGUUUAAAGAAGGAAGAAUCGCUAAGUAAACAGGCUGUUUUGACAAGAAAUGCGCUAGGGGUGGUAGUUAAGAGAAAUAAAGUGGAAGUUAAAGAUUUAAAAGAGGAAAAUUUUUUAAAUAGUAAUGACAAAGAUGAUAAAAAUAGUGCAGAAGUUGAAGGUAAAGUUACCAAGAGUAAAGAAGAUGUAGAAAGUAAUAAGAAAUUGUCUUUGGUUGGUGAUUAUAGUUCUAGUGGAGAAAAUUCUGACUGAAAGUUUGUGCCGUUUAUUUAACUCAACUCAAACUCAAUACUAAGGGUAUUAGUAUAAUAUUAUAAUAGGAUGGUUAUUGUUACUAAAAUGAUCCAUUAAAAAUAUUUUCUAUAUAAAUAUUAAUUAACUAUCACAAGUAGACAAAUAUAAACUAAAUGUUUGUUUCGUCAUAUUUUUUUCUUAUUCUGCAAGGAUUGGUUGAUCUUAUGUCAUUAACAGCCAAUCAGAAUACAGAAAAGUGACGCUAAAUAUACUAUCCAAUAACUAAAUGUGUGUUCUCUCAGUCAUGCAAAAUGCAUCCAAAUAAUAUAUAUUGUUAUACUAAAUUGUA